UGUCUUACCGCUUAAGAAGUUUACUUUUAUGAUUAACCAUAAAAUGGCGGCUUUGUAGAUUGAAGAGGCAGCUACCGGCAUUUAAAAUAGGAAUUUUACCAUUCACUACCCCUUUAAUCUCUUAGUCUGCUGCAUGCAGUCUAGGUCUACAUAAAAAUGGAUGCUAAAGAUGAAAAGACUCCAGAAGAUUCUCCUGUUCCUUCAGACACAGCAGCCUCGACUUCUGGGAAAAAGCGCAAAGCUCGUGUUUCAGAAGUUGUAGAGCCCAGAACUCCACUCAAACGCCAGCGAGUGCCUGUUUCAAGGUUUCAGUCACCUCUUGAAGAUUUAAACUUUGUCCCAGACAAAGAAGAAAAGAAAAAGGAAGAAAAUGUGACCCUGUACAAAAAGGGUGCUUUUCUAGCUGUUAGAGGUGCAGAAGGUACAUUCUAUUUGUGCCGUGCUGCACAAAAUAUCUACAGCAAGUCAAAACGUUUGCGCAUUCAGUGGCUGAGUCUUGACAAGGCCCCGGAUGUGUAUAAAUUUGAUUAUGUUGACUCUACAGAAAUGGAGACUGUUCUCACAGAAAUACAGAUGGAAAAAAUCUCCAAAGAUUGCUACAAACUUCCUUCUAGUGAAAAGAAAAGAGCUGAAAAUAUUCUGGACCGGGCAAUCAGAGUGGAACAAGGCAUUGCCACUGCUGAUGAGGUGGAGGAAGAAGCUAUGGAGGAAGUAGAGAAUGCAAAAACAGCAAAAGAAGAAGAGGAAAAUGAUGAUGAUGAUUCAGAUGAAGAUGAUGAGGAACCAACACCAAGGAAAGGUCGUGGAGCUAAAAAAUCUACUAAAGGAAAAGGAAAAGCUAGUACUCUUUCUCAUAAGAAAAAAGAAAAACCAGAAAAGAGCAAGCAGAAAGGUAAAAGUGAAAAGAAGAAAGGUCCAGACAGAAAUCUGAAACCUAACUUGAAAAUAAAAAUCUUGGAAAAAGAUCCUUUCUUUGAUACCAAAGAAAAGGUUCCUGAGGUAUCAGCCCAGAUGACUUCUAAAUUAAUAUUUAGAGCAGUCAACGCUGGAGAUGUGGAAGCUGUAAAAGAAUUGUUGGACAAAACAGAGGGUGUUACAGAUUUUGACAUAGACCGUUCGGUGUCUGAUUCUCGAAAUGCUCUUAUAUUGGCUGGCGAGUUGGGGAAACUAGAGAUAAUCAGAAUUCUCACCCAAGAAUAUUUCGAUGAAGAUUUGAAAUCUAAAAGAAAACGAAAAGCUCCACCAGCAAGUAUUAUUUCAGAGAUGGACACUGGAGUAUAUAAUCCAGCUUUCUUGGGAGUAAAAAACAUUCGAGAGCUCUCUUUGAGUCGUGGUGGUAAAGAAGGCAACAAUGCAUUCUUACAGGAAUCAGCUACAGGGGAUUCAUCUCCAGAGAUAAUCAUUAAAGCUUGGAUGGAAUAUGGUGUAACAGUUGAAGUUAUGGAGACAUUCUUACUAGCUCUUUCUGCAGCUCAAAAGACAACUAUAGAUGAACAGCUCCCUAUGGUCAUAAAUGAAAUUAAUACAGCUGUUCGCAAUGGUCAUCGUCACUUAGCUGCUAAAUACGUUGGAGAAGCAGAGAGGUUAGGCGGGUUUGGAUUUAACUACUUGCACAAAGAGGUUCUUACCUUUGAUAAGGAAGAUCUGAGAGAUAUUAUUCUAGCGGCAUCUGUUAGAAAAAAACCUUUUUCAAAUGACAGUGUAACCCCAAUUCAUUUUGCCGCAAUCAACCCAAAUGUCAAAUAUUUGACCCGACUUCUUUCCAUUGAGCCAGACAUUAACAUUCAGACUAAAUCCAGGGCUAGACCUAUUCACUAUGCAGCAUCUUGUGAAGGGACUGCUCCUCUUGAAUUUUUAUUGAAAAGGAAUGCAAGUUUUACAGAGCCAGAUAGUCAUGGUGAUUUACCAAUUCACUAUGCCAGUCGCAGUGGACGCUCUAAAAAUAUUGAAGUUUUACUUAAGCAUGCCAAAGCAGAAGCCAAAGAUGCAAGUGAAGAGGAAAAAUGGGGCGUUGGUAAUGUGAAUAAACCAAACCGUGACUCAUUUUGUCCCUUACAUCUAGCUGUGCAAGAAGGUCAUUUGGAUGCUGUGAGGACAUUGAUUAAACAUGGAGCUGAUGUCAAUAAACCUUUGUCUGCUGGCAAGAAUAAAAUUACACCACUUAUGAUUGCUGCACAGAGAGGGGAUUUGAACAUUGCCAGGCUACUUGUUCAGAGUGGGGCUGCAGUUGAGAUCUUAGAUAAAAAGAAGCGCUCCUCCUUGACCCAUGCUGUCAUCAAUGGAAGUACCAAUGUAGCAUCCUAUCUUCUGUACCUUGGUGCUGAUCCCAAUCGUGUGGAUUCAUCCAAUAACUCUGUGGUUCAUUAUGCUGCAGCUUACGGCUGGUAUUUCUGUUUGAAAUUGCUAAUUAAAGAUGCAGGGGCAAAGCCUGAUGAAGCUAAUGAUUGGCAGACAACACCAAUCUGCAUUGCAUUUUUGAAAGGGCACCAUGGCUUGGUUGAAAUGCUGUUCAAUCAUAAAGGAGUCAAUAUUAAUUUCAAAACAGAUAAUGGAAUGACAUUGGCUAGCAUCGCAUGCAGGAGCCGAUUAGUUCCUGGUUUAGAUACUCAAAUUGAAAAUCUCAUUAAUGUCUACAAGGCUGACCCCAACAUUUGGGAUGUCAAUGGAUUUAAUUCUCUUCAUCAUUUGGCAGCCAACAACAUUAAACUCAAGGGGACUCAAUGGGCUCCAGAAGUGGACCCAGAGGCAAUGAAGAUCAGUGUAAAAAUAGCAGAAAUUCUAAUUGCUUCUAAAUGUGAUCCUACUCUUCAGACCAACGAUGGAAAGACACCAAUCAUGCUGGCUAUUGAGCAGGUGAAUGUUGAACUGGUCAAGUAUCUUGUAGAAAAUGGUGGCACAGUGUCACCAGACAAAAACAAUGAUGAAAAGACAGUACUUCACCUUAUGGCAGAGCAGUGCUGCACAGCAGAUCUUACACCUAUCUUGAAAAUACUGGCCACACAUUUCACAGAAGUAUUUGUUUUCCAACAGAAGUCACUGAAGCAGUCAGUACCCAGUGAUGGACCAAAGGAAAAUGGAAAAGUGACCAUAACUGAUGACAGUACUAAGGAGAAAACAGAGGAUGAAAAAAUGGAGGUGGACUCAGAUGAUAAAAAACCAGGAGAUAAAAAAGAGCCAAGUGUAAAUAAUAUUAAUGGAGACAACUCGGCCCCAGAGAAGAGGGAUGAGACUAAGCCAGAGAGUAAUGAUACAGAGAAAGUAUCUUGUGUAUCGCAGCUGGAGGUACUCAAGAAAAUGGCCCAGGAUAGAGAUUUCCUUGGUUUCACUCCUCUUCUAAGGGCUUGCUAUGUGUAUAAAAACUUUGAAAUUUCCAAACGAGAGGACACAGAGAAAGUACGCUUUGCUCUAGAUUUUAUUCAAGGUUUGAUUGAUUGGACAGGUUCAGAUGUGAAUGCUGUGGUAGGACCUAAGAAGAUUCCUGAUGACCCUAAACCUCAUUAUGUUACUGAAGGCCUUUAUUCCCCUCUUCACUUCAUGGUCAAUGCACUGUGUGAAAAGAAUGAUGCCUUCAUUGGUCAAGGUGUUCAACUUUUGCUCAAGUAUUCCCCCAACACCAACCAGAGAGAUCUGCAAGAGAAGACACCACUUGUUCUAGCUGUAGAAAGCUUUAGAGAGGUCAUAGUUAAAGCCCUUCUUGAAGGAGGUGCUGAUCCAAAUGUACCAAUUAAAGGACCCAACUUUCAAGUGUCUCCAAUUCUUUUGGCAGCUGAACGUGGAGCAUUAGAGAUAAUGCGUCUAUUGAUACAGUACAAAGCUAAUGUGUUAAGUAGUAGAUCAGAUACUCUACAAACUCCUCUGCAUGUCAUGGUGACUAACAGAGCUCGUGAAGAUGAAACCAUUGCUAUAGUGCAGACCUUGCUGCAGGCUGGUGCCAAUAUUAAUGGCCCAGAUGGCGAAGGCAACACACCACUCCAUCUUGCUGUUGGUUCCAACAAGGGUCAUUCUGACUCCUCAACUAGCCUGGAAGAGUUUUUAUUGGAUCGUGGGGCUAAUGUAUUUGCUAAAAACAAACAUUUGAUGAUGCCACUUCAUUUGGCUCUACAGAAAACAGGUGUUGAUCCCAUUGAGCUGUGCAGUCUAUUGACUAGCUCUAUGAGAGAUCAGAGAGUGGAUGAGCCAGACGAGAAAAAGUGUACGCCUCUUCUUUAUGCAGCCAGUUCUGGUUCCACUAUUUGUUGCAUGCAUUUACUUCAGAGGGGAGCAAAUAUUGAAGCUAAAGAUUACAGAGGAAAUACACCUUUGAACUUAGCAAUCUAUGGUGGCUUUGACAGCUGUGCCAUAAUGCUGAUGCAGCGAAGUGCUAGCCUAUCGUUCCCCAUAGUGGUUGAUUUACCAGGAAAGGAGAAUGUCAAGAAAGAUGUAGGGGAAGAUGUCAAGAAAAAACGUCCCUCUUUGCUUUGGCGUCCCAAAAAACAGUGGCAGAGUAGACAACCUAAAGAAGCUACAGUUCAAGUGUUAUCAUUGUUUGAGGGAGCUGUUAAAAAAGACCUUCCUGGUGUUGCUCAUAUGUUACUUGAUGCUCUCGGUACACCCAUGGAAGCUGUGGAGUCUGCACUUAACCUCAGCAAGUUUUACCUAGCACUCCGCCUGUUGCGCAGAAUUCCUGAUGUCAGCAGGCUACAUGCUAAAAAUAAAGAAGGUCAAAAUCUCUUUCACGUCUUAGCUUCAAAGACAAGCAAGCAUGACCCCGACCUUCAAAUUAAGGUUGCUGGUGCUUUACUGGAGAAGAGACUGAAUUUGGCAGACAAAGAUAAAUAUGGUAUGACUCCACUGAUGUAUGCAGCACUGAGGCAUCAGUCAGUUGCUUUGGCAAAGUUUCUUAUAACAAAUGACCUAAAAUUUGAUGCUAAAACUAAGGAUUUGAAAGGAAGAGACAUAAUGGCUGCCUUCAUGUGGGACUACAACUGGGUUUCUGAUAAAUUUAAAAUAGAAGAUGUCAGAGAAUGGUUAGAUGUGCUUGUAGAUCUAGGCAAGGUGAGUUUGAAUACACUAUAUGAUCACCCACUUCCAGAUCCUCUGCUCCUUGGUGCUUCUAUUCCCUGUGAACAGCCAGAUUACUUUGGAAGUCAGGGCAAAGAGCUGACCAGCCCUCUCAUUUUCGCCAUUCGAAACUAUGACUUUGGGCUUGCCAGGUACAUGCUAUUGAAAGGUGCCAAUCCUAAUUUUCCAGACAGUGAUGGCUUGACUCCAAUAAUGCAUGCAGUUAGAAUGAAUGAUGUGAAGCUUGUUAAGCUCUUACUCAAUUAUGACUACAAUCCUGAUGAGAGUCUAGGAGAACCUACUGAGCUGAAACCUUUACUGAGCAAGGAACAAUCGCGACAAGUCAUCACAAUCAAUUUCCAAGCACCUAAAGAAAAGAACCCUGAUGAUCUUUUAGAUGAGGAGGUUGCUGAUGAAAUCCAAGAGGAUGAUGCUGUGUCACUUUCAAAACACACUGAGGAGAAUGAAGAUUCAGUGGCUUUAGAAGAUGAAGAUGAAGAAAGUUUGGAAGGUGAUGAGGACAAGGAAGAGAAAGAUGAAAGUGAUAGGGACACAGAUAUUGUAGAGGAUGACCCACCUGUGGUGAAAAGCUCUGCUGCUUUGUCUCUGGUACCAUUAGAAGCUAUUGACCAGCCUGACAUCAAGAAGUUAACACUCAUUCGACAUGUUUCACAGAUGAAUAAAGAAAGAGAGUUUAUUAGUAUUGAAAAGACAAGUGCUGUUGAUUUGUCCAUUGUUGACAAAAAUGGCUGGACUGCAGUUCAUCAUGCCGUCUGCUCCCUGGAGUACGGAACAUUUGAUAAUGCUGAGAUUGUAUACUUACUUGGCAAAGCAGGAGCUUCACUGGAGGCCAAAAAUAAAUCAGACCAGACCCCCAUGGAACUAGCCCAGAAAAGCAAUGCUGAGAAUAUUGUCAAAGUUCUGAACAGGUUGCUGGCUCUACCUCCAUACAACAAGCCUAGUGAACCAUUUGUCAGAACCGUGCAGCCCUUUACUGUGUCUGACUCAUCACCUGGCAUCUCAAAACCUGACAACAAAGCUGAUGCUGAAGAAAUGUUAACUAAAUUAGACCAGGCAGCAGGUGUCUUGGAUGAGGCUGAAGAAUUGCCAAAAGUAGACUCCUCCAUUAUUGAUAUUAAAAAUGGCGGGGUAGUAGCAAGAAGUCCAAGUACCAACAUUCCUUAUGAUGUGACUUUAAGUAAAGUGGAUGUCACACAGGGAGUUUGGGGCAUGUAUAACUUUUAUAAAAUGCAGAUCAUUCACCAAACUGCUAAAAAUGUUUACAUCCUCUUCAAUCGUUGGGGAAGAAUUGGAGACAGGGGCCAGUAUCAACAUACUCCAUAUCAAACACUUCAGGAGGCAGCUAAGGAGUUCUGUAAAAUUUUCAGAUCAAAGACUGGCAAUGACUGGAAUAAUCUGAACAAAUUUCAAAAUCAACCUAAAAAAUAUCGACUCAUGCCAAAGCCAGAAAAAUUACACAAGCAGCAUAAAGUUGAAUUAAAUCUGGAAUCAUCUGUACCUUGUAAACUUUCAGAGCCUAUUGCUGAUCUAGUGACAGAAAUGAGCAGUGUAGCUAUGUUGCAAGCAUCAAUUGAAGACAUUGGCUUAAAUGAAACUUUUAUGCCAUUUGGAAGAAUGAAAAGAGAGACACUACUUGAAGCCAGAAGAAUUUUAACAGAUAUCAGUGAGCUCAUUGAUAAAGUCAUAAAACUACGCAAUCAUUUAACUCAAGAUGUCCAUGCAGAAUAUCAAGCUAAUUGUGAAGAGAUUGUAAAACUGACCAAUGAAUAUUACCAUCUGAUACCUAUAUAUGGCUUUGAGAAUGAGACUAUUCAACCCAUAUCUGAAAAGAAAAUGCUCAGGGAACACACCAAGCUUUUAGCAAACCUUAUGGAUCUGCAAGUGGCCAGCAACAUUUUGCUUGGAGCCAACUUGCGUCAAGCAGAAAUCAAUCCUUUGGAUUACAUCUAUGGCAGCCUUGACUGUAGGAUUCAGCCCAUGUUGGAAGAGGACCCUGAAACUCAACUUAUUCUCACUAAUAUUCAUGCAUCAGUUCCAACAGCCAACAUAAACAGAAUAUUUAAAGUCUCAAGGGAGGGUGAAGAUGCAAGACUGGCAGCCUUGAACUUGCCUAAUCACCAGCUCCUCUGGCAUGGCAGCAGCAUGUCCAACUUCAUUUCUAUAUUAUCUCGUGGUCUUCUGGUCACUCCACCUGAGGUGCCAUGGACAGGUCAUUUGUUUGGAGAGGGUAUAUACUUUGCUGACACAUUUUUAAAAAGCUCUCACUACUGUCAUAAUCAUAGUCCUAAAUCAAAAUGCAAGCUCAUGUUGCUUUGUGAGGUGGCAUUAGGCAAUUCCAAAAUUGAUGUCAAGCAUGGAGAUGAGGACCAUCUUGAUGAGGACAUAAACAGUUUAAAAAUACUGGGCAGAAAUGCACCUCUUGAGGACUUUGAUGCUAGACUACCUUUUGGAGCCACCUUAUCCCUAGGUCAAGUGAUACCUAUGACUUACCAGCCACCUGCAAAGAUCAAUCACAAUGAAUACAUAAUUCACAAUUCAGACCAGGUUGCCAUUAGGUAUCUUGUGUUGUAUAAUGGUUAAGUUUCUACUUCUCAAAAAAAAAACAUUUUUUUUUGUGUUUUCAAUUUUACUACUUGCAUUUGUUAUUUUAUGGUUUUGAGACAACUCAAUCAGUGUUUAGGUUUUUAUGUUACAGUAUAAACCCAGCAUUGGUUUUUUAAACUUGUUUUUAGAAGAAAUAAUGUUGGGAUCAAAUAGUUGUAACUUGACAAAAUAAUUUUGUACCUGUUCAUGUAGUGAAACUUUGUGUUUAUUUCCAUUGUUAAAUUUUUCUGUUGAGUUGUAGUGUGAAGUUAUAGUGAAAUGUGAAUUGACCCAUACAGAGAUUUUAUUGUCACAUUCAUAUGUACAGUUCCUUGAAGCAAGUUAGAAAGUCACUAAGUGUCAUUCAUUUCAUUGAACAGUACAGUUCAUUUAGGGCCAUUCUGUUUAUGUUCUUCAUUAUUAUUUUUUAAAAUUUUGUUUUGCAUGCAUCCUAAAUGUUGCACAAGAAGUUAGUGUGAAUGCCCCUCAGGUUUCAACUGACCAGGUUACACUGUUUAUGAAUAUGUUGAUAUAUUCACAUGGUGUAGAUUGGGGUCAUAGUAUUAGUAUGUAUACUACAACUGGGUGGGGGAGGGGGGGAGAUAAAUGGCAUAUUUGUGUUCUCUUAUUCUUCAAGUAAGGUCAUUUCCUCCAGGAUAAUAAAGUUAUUAUAUCUUCUCCCUUUUUGUCUUAUAUUUUUAAUGAAAUUAAAAAUGACAGAAAUGAACUUUUAAGCUAUUACUGUUUCAAAGGAUAGCAAAAAUACAUCUACAAAAAUUAAUAUAUUUACAUAUUGUAUAUCUAAUUUCAGUAUGUGUUGUUAUGUCAGUAUUUUAUUGUAAUACAUUUUGGUAUGCAACACAGUAGACAUAUUUACAUGCAUUUUUAGAAAUUAAAGCUAUUUUGUGGGUGAGGAGGAUGAAAUGCUUAGAAUUCAUGACAUUUAAUUACCUUUUUUCUUUGGAUAUUAAAAUUUUUUAUUUUUAAUGAAAUUUAAAUAAACUGCUCUUAUUGAGAGUCAAAUUUUGUGAAAGCAGUUAAUAAGAUACUUUCAUUUGACUGCAAAGGCAAGGCUUUAAAACAGACAAUACACCUCAAAAAGUUAUUAGGCUUGAAGAGAUGAUUAAUAAUUGAAGAGAUGAUUAAUAAUUGAAACUGCUGACUUUUUUUUGUUCAACCCUAACAUCUUUUUUAGAUGAAAUUUUUAUAUUCUGUUAUUGCUCCUAUGUUUAUGUCUCAAGACGGGGACAUACUUUGAUUUCACUAAUUGUAAAAGAAACAUCUUUGGUUUUUCUUUGAAGUGUUAAAGGCUGAAACACAUUUAGAUUAAUACUUAUGUUGUUUUUUUUAAAGGUUUCCCAAAUUAUAAGUUUUGACUGUUAAAUAUUUUUUUAUCCUUUUGAGAUAAUUGUUGUUGUGAAUAUUUUUUUUUCACUACAAACUUUAUAGUAUGAUUAAGUGACAGCUUUAUUUUGUUGUUCUAUUAUUGUAAACAAAACACACACACACACAAGAUGAACUGUGUCAGCUUGAAGUAGUGUUGAUACUGUGUUUAACUCAUUAAUGUGUUCAUGUCAUUGCUGUUGAAAGAUCUAUCAUGUGAGUUUUUGUGGUCUCUCUAUUGACAUUGUCCCAACAUUCAUGUUUUAAGUAGCAAAUUAUCUGUUUAUCAAAAUUCAAAAUAAAAAAUUUUCAAUUUAA